AUGUCAUCUCGACCAGAUCUCAGGGUCGACGACGAAGUCGGCUUCAUCCGCUUCUACCGCUCCCUCGCCUCAGACGAGUCAUCUCCCUCCAACAAUGAAACGAUCCGCGUCUUCGACCGCGGUGACUGGUACUCCGCCCACGGCGCCGAAGCCGAGUUCAUCGCUCGCACAGUCUACAAGACCACCUCUGUCCUUCGCAACCUCGGCCGCAGCGAAACAGGCGGCCUGCCCUCCGUCACAAUGAGUGUGACAGUCUUCCGGAAUUUCUUACGCGAGGCGCUGUUCAGGCUAAACAAGCGCGUGGAGAUCUGGGGCUCUGUGGGUACGGGAAAGGGCCACUGGAAGAAAAUCAAGCAGGCGAGCCCUGGGAAUUUGCAGGAUGUGGAGGAGGAAUUGGGCAGUGUGGGUGGGAUGGGAGAUGGGGGUGCGAGUGGUGCGCCGAUUAUCCUGGCUGUGAAGAUUAGUGCGAAGGCCGGGGAAGCAAGGAACGUGGGUGUUUGUUUUGCGGAUGCGAGUGUGCGCGAGUUGGGGGUUAGUGAAUUUCUGGAUAAUGAUGUUUAUUCGAACUUCGAGUCCCUUGUUAUUCAACUUGGGGUGAAGGAGUGUCUUGUGACGAUGGAUGUCAACCGGAAGGAUGUCGAGUUGGGGAAGAUUAGGGCUAUUGCGGAUAACUGCGGGAUAGCGAUUUCGGAACGUCCCGUUGCAGAUUUCGGGGUACGUGAUAUUGAGCAGGAUUUGACACGGCUACUGCGUGAUGAGCGUUCUGCUGGGACGUUGCCGCAGACGGAGUUGAAAUUGGCGAUGGGCUCUGCGGCGGCGUUGAUUCGGUAUCUGGGCGUGAUGUCAGACGCUACGAAUUUCGGGCAGUAUCAGCUUUAUCAGCAUGAUUUGGCACAGUUCAUGAAGCUUGAUGCGGCGGCGCUGAGGGCGCUGAAUCUGAUGCCGGGCCCGCGCGAUGGGUCCAAGUCUAUGAGCUUGUUUGGACUGUUGAACCAUUGCAAGACGCCUGUUGGGAGUCGGUUGCUGGCGCAGUGGCUGAAGCAACCCUUAAUGGAUCUAGCAGAGAUUGAGAAGCGGCAGCAGCUUGUUGAGGCGUUUGUCGUCAGUACCGAACUGCGGCAGACGAUGCAGGAGGAACAUCUGCGGUCGAUCCCUGAUCUCUAUCGCCUUGCAAAGCGGUUCCAGCGGAAACAGGCGAACUUGGAGGAUGUGGUGCGUGUGUAUCAGGUCGCGAUUCGCCUGCCUGGGUUUGUGAAUUCCUUGGAGAAUGUCAUGGAUGAGGAGUACCAGACUCCGCUAGAGGCCGAGUACACGACGAAGCUGCGAAGCCACUCGAAUAGUCUUGCGAAGCUGGAGGAGAUGGUUGAGACGACGGUCGAUCUGGAUGCGCUUGAGAACCACGAGUUUAUCAUCAAGCCCGAGUUUGAUGAUAGUCUGCGCAUAAUUCGCAAGAAGCUGGAUAAACUCCGCCACGACAUGUAUGUCGAGCAUCGGUCUGUAUCGAAGGACUUGGACCAGGAGAUGGACAAGAAGUUGUUCUUGGAAAACCAUCGAGUUCACGGCUGGUGUUUCCGGCUGACACGUAACGAGGCCGGUUGUAUUCGCAACAAGAAGGCGUACCAGGAAUGCUCUACGCAAAAGAACGGUGUCUACUUUACCACGUCGACGAUGCAGUCCUUGAGAAGGGAGCACGAUCAGCUCUCCUCCAACUACAACCGCACUCAGACAGGGCUUGUCUCUGAAGUUGUCAAUGUUGCAGCCUCGUACUGCCCCGUUCUGGAGCAGCUAGCCGGCGUCCUGGCCCAUCUCGAUGUCAUUGUUAGCUUCUCCCAUGCCUCUGUUCACGCACCUACAGGCUAUACCCGACCCAAGAUCCACCCCCGAGGCACAGGAAAUACAGUCCUCAAGGAAGCGCGUCACCCGUGCAUGGAGAUGCAAGAUGACAUCUCCUUCAUUACUAACGAUGUAUCGCUGAUCCGCGACGAGUCGUCAUUCCUAAUCAUCACCGGUCCCAACAUGGGCGGUAAAUCGACCUACAUCCGAAUGAUUGGCGUUGUUGCACUAAUGGCCCAGACGGGUUGUUUUGUGCCCUGCACAGAGGCGGAGCUGACCAUCUUCGACUGUAUCCUUGCUCGUGUCGGUGCCAGCGACUCGCAACUCAAGGGCGUUUCAACCUUCAUGGCGGAGAUGCUUGAAACAUCUAACAUUCUCAAAUCAGCAACGUCUGAAUCCCUGAUUAUCAUCGACGAGCUUGGCCGCGGUACCAGUACAUACGACGGGUUCGGUCUCGCCUGGGCUAUCUCAGAGCAUAUCGUUACUGAGAUUCGUUGUUUCGGGCUGUUCGCAACUCACUUCCACGAAUUGACAGCACUGGCAGAUCGGUACCCGAAAUCUGUCAAGAACCUGCACGUCGUCGCGUUCAUUGGAGACGGAACGUCGACGAAAGAAGAAGAAGAGAAAAAGACCCAGCAGAAGGUCACGCUCCUGUACCGCGUUGAGCCCGGAAUCUGCGAUCAGUCAUUUGGUAUCCAUGUCGCUGAGCUAGUCCGCUUCCCAGACAAGGUGGUCAAUAUGGCUCGGCAAAAGGCUGAAGAGCUAGAGGACUUCACCUCCGCUGAUCCGACAGGGAAACCCUCGGCAACGGCGAUUGACAAGUACUCUCAGGAGGAAGUGGAAGAAGGAAGCGUCUUGCUGAAGGCGAUGUUGCAGAAAUGGAAGGCUGCCAUUGAGGAAUCGGGUAAGGAUCUGACUGUUGAGGAAAAGAGGCAGGUUAUGAGGGAUCUGGUCAAGGGCGAUCCGAAGUUGCAGGAGAGUCGGGUCUUCCAGGGCAUUCAAGCAUUGUAA